GGCAAAUCCAUGAUUUACUUACAUAUAUUUUAUGCUUGCUUUUGUAACGUAAUCAUUAUCAUUAUCAUAUUCAUCUUCUUGAGAGAAUUUGGUUGAAGCUUAUACCUAUAGAAAAGUGAUGACUAGGAGCCUUCCUCCAAUUCAGUUUGUUUUUGAUAGUCAUGGCCAUUUGAUUGGUGCCAAAGAUUCCCAAGUGGACUCCUAUGGUGGAUUCAGCAAUAUGGACGAUCAGGCCCAGAAUGUUUUCAAAAAUUUCAAUGAUGGGGUUAGUUCCACAAUGAAAUGGGCUACAAUAGCUUCUAUUGUUUCAGGUGUGGUGGUGAUGGUUGCAAUUGUAGCCAUAGUAUAUGCCAUUAUUGAUUGUUUGAGGAAGGCAGGGACUGCAAUUCCAACUUAUGCCAGGUUAGCCACUGCAGACACUGAUAAAGCUUCAAAUCCACAUUCAUCAUCCCAAGACAUCGAAAAAGCAGAAACACCACUUUUCCCAGUACUUAGAGACUCACAAGUCGAGCAUGCAACCAUGGAGAGAUUCCUCAGCAACAUGGCAAGAGAAAAGCCCAUCAGGUUCUCACCUAAACAACUUGCAGAAUUCACAGAAAAUUACUCCACCAUAUUGGGUUCAGGCGGUUUUGGUGUAGUCUUCAAAGGGCAAUUCCCAAAUGGAAUGCAAGUGGCUGUCAAAGUGCUUAAUGGUGAAUUGAAUAAGAGAGUUGAAGAGCAGUUUAUGGCCGAAGUUAGCACCAUGGGAAGAACCUACCAUAUCAACUUAGUUAGACUCUAUGGUUUUUGCUUCGACCCCAUGAUGAGAGCACUUGUUUACGAGUGCAUGGAAAAUGGUAGCCUUGACAACUUCUUGUUCCGUGAGAACAGCCAAGAGAGGUUGGAAUGGGAGAAGCUUUAUGACAUUGCAGUUGGAACUGCAAAAGGGAUUGCUUAUUUGCAUGAGGAAUGUCAACAAAGAAUUAUUCACUAUGAUAUAAAGCCAGGAAAUGUACUUCUUGAUAAAAAUUUGAAUCCAAAAGUUGCUGAUUUUGGAUUAGCAAAGCUUUGUAACAGAGGAAGUAGUCGCUUACUAUUAACAAAUGGCAGAGGAACACCAGGAUAUGCUGCUCCUGAGCUCUGGAAGCCUUAUCCUGUGACUCACAAGUGUGAUGUUUACAGCUUUGGAAUGCUGCUCUUUGAAAUUGUGGGGAGGAGAAGAAAUUUUGAUGAGAAUCAAACUGAGUCACGACAAUGGCUUCCACGAUGGACAUGGGACAUGUUUGACAAUACUGAAUUAGCAGUUAUGAUGUCACUUUGUGGGAUUGAAGAGAAGGACAAAGAAAAGGCAGAGAGGGUGACAAUGGUGGCUCUGUGGUGUGUUCAGUAUUCACCUGAUGACAGACCUCUAAUGAGCACUGUGGUGAAGAUGUUGGAGGGAAGCAUGGAAAUUACUCCACCACCUUUUCCUUUUGAGCACAUGGUAUCUCCUAACCCAACUAUGAACCUAGAUAAUGGAAGCAAUGGGGGUUCGAAUACCACAUCAAUAUCAUCAUCAAGUGCAAACACUCUUGAGCAAUCUAAUUCCAAACCUGUGGAUAGAACUUUUGAGAUUGAAUUAGCUACUUAGUCUAUAUUUACUCAGAUUAUGGUUGUAUAUCUUUCUCAAAAAAGAAAAAAAAGAAAAAGAAAUAGAUUAUGGUUGUAUAUGUACGCAGAUGUAUAACAUUCUUUAAUAAUGUUUACAUACAUGAUACAUGAUACAUGAUUGCAUUGUU